AUGAAAGAAGCUAAACCCUUAACAAUUAAAAAUGUUGGAUUUAGAACAAGAAGUGGUGUCAAAACUAUAAAAAAUACAACUGACUCCUCUAAAUAUAUGAAUUCUAUGCAACCUUUUGAGAGAAAAUAUGAUGUAAAUACUAGGGUAGCAAAUGAAGGUCAUGUAGAUCAAGUUAAAUCUAUCGCCAUCGGAUUGUUAUUUAUGAGCAAGGAUGGUGAAGAUUAUACUUGUACCGCUAGUGUAAUCAAUACUAAUGAUGGAAAUAUUGGGCUUACUGCAGCGCAUUGUCUUUUUCAUCAUGAUACCAACUCAUUUUUUGAUAAUAUAAUCUUUUCUCCUGGAUAUGACAAUGGACAACCUGGUCCACUUGGUAAUAUUCCUAUCGCCAAGGUGGUAAUAACAAAUGAAUUUCUUCAUAAUGAUGAUAAUGAAUUUGAUUGGGGCAUGAUGUUAUUUAAUUUUAACUGGAAUGGCCUUUCAUUAAAACAUUUUACGGGAGCUCUCGGUUUUCGAUUCAAUCCAGGAGACAAUGUUCCCACAACUAUUCGCGGUUAUCCGAAUGGAGGUGAUCUUGAAAAUUGUCCAAAUGAUGGACUACAUCUUUGUACGUGGCAAGGAGAAACAAUAUUUGCAAAUGGUUAUUAUAUCGUACAUGACUUAAAUAUCGGAGAGGGUGCAAGCGGAGGUCCUUUAAUGAUGAAUUAUGAUCCAAAUACGAAUUUGGGUCAAUUAUAUAGUAAUUAUGCUUCUUUUGAUGAACUCAAUGAUCAAUUACUUGCACCUAUUUAUAACCCAAUACAAUUCCAAUCAUUAAUAG